AGAGGGUAUACGCUAGUAUGUGGUAUAUCCUAUCCAUCUUUGUCUGGUCCAUACAACCUCACCUGCAUAGCGAUCCAAUAACUCCAAUUCGCUGGGGCCACGCACGCCAGUGACAACGUCACAUCGGUGAUUGGACGCCUACCGAAUACUCUUUAUCUUCCCUUUGGCAACCAGAGCAAUAGAUUGCGUCUCGAUUAUCUGAGCCUUAUCUGAGCCACAUCAGUAGAUACUGAUGUCUAUUAGAUGUACUACUACUAUAUCAGUCUUAUGGAUCAUCUUUAACUAGCACCUACCUGAUAGCCCUGUAAAUAUAUCAUGUAUCUGUAGACUUAUCUAUAACUAUACUUGACUCGUUCCCUUGAGCAACACGAGUCCAAAAUAAGGAAGCAUCUGAAAUCUACUAUGGCAAAAGUGGCCGAUUUUCACGGGUGGUUCACGCCGUUGGUGUUGACUUUAAUCCUGUUGAGUUUUACGCAAUCCAUUGCAGCUCAAGAUACAUCCAGUACCGUUUCGGUAUACUUGCCAGCUAUCAGAUCAGCACAAUGGUCUCAACUACGGGGCAGUAUCGUGACCAGUGAUAACGAGGAAACUGUAUACACAAUCUUCUGUGCCCCUGAGCAAACAUCGACCCCUGGUGACCGAUUCGCAAGUUGCUCCGUCGGCGACGACCGUCUCCCUUUCACAUUUACCGAGGGACCCUCAACCUUACACUAUGACCAUGAGGACUCUUCUCUGUACGUUCUCAACCACCCCCCCCCUUUUUCCAAUCCACACAUAACUCCUCGUCUCCAAAGAAAAAAAAGAAAAAAAAGGCCCCCCCAAGAAAGCCAAGCAAACAAUCAAACAGACAAACAAUUACCUACCUACCUACCUACCUACCUACCCUGGGAACAAUAGUACUUACACAAAUUAAAAAUCUAACCUCUCACGCACCCCACUUAUUAACCCCAAAACAGCACCAUAUCCCUCGGCUGCACCCUCACCAGCACGACGGCCGCGACCUGCAGCGGCACGACCUCUCUUGGCCCCGCCUUCUCGCUGGGGCCCCUGCACGGGCCCGUCAACACCUCCGUCCCGGCGCU